AGGUGGAGCAGGACAUCGAGACCCGGCUGGCGGCCGCGGAGGAGGCCAAGGACACCAAGAAGAUCACGCAGCUGGCGCGCCUGCUGGUGAUGGCCAAGGCCAGCGAGGGCGCGGCCGCGUGGCAGGCCACCCAGGAGCUCUCCGAGACGGUGGGCAACGAGAUGGCGGCAGCGCUGGCCAAGUUCGUCGGCAAAGACGACUACGACAUCAAGGACGUGGCGAACGAGGUCGACAUGCGGGUCGGUUCCGCUGUGUCGAAGUUGGACAACAUCUACCUCGACGAGGAGGCUGCCCGCAGCGCCGGCGCCACCAACCCCAUUAUCCUGAAGGACGUGGUGGCGCCGGUCGUGGACAACGUGAAGGAGUCUACCGAAGGAGCUGUGCUUGCCUUCACCGGAAAGGACACGUACGAGUUCGGCGACAUCUCCAAAGAAGCUGACCAGCGCGCCAAACAGGCCAUUGCGAGCAUUCUCGGCAAGGAGGAGUACAAGUUCGGCGACAUCUCCAAGGCCGCGGCCUCCAAGGUCAUGGAGGGCAUCACGUCGUUCACGGGCAAGGAGGAGUACAAGUUCGGUGACAUCACGAAGACCGUCCUCAAGAACGCUCUGAAUUUCUUGGAGGGCGACAAGGACAAGAAGUGACGCGAGUGCACUCACUCAUGGCACGAAGAGGCCCCAGCAUUUGUCAGCCGCUCCUUGCGCGUUCCGCUUAAAGGCAUCCUCUCGACAUAUGUCUCUAUUCUAUAAGCCUCGUUGCCUGGGUGCGCCGAGGGGGCUGCCUGGGAAGGCUCCGCCCGACAGGCAGCCCCGAGAGGGGAGGCCGGCGGACGCUCUUGUACAGAUUGGGCCGGAGCUUCCGCGCGAAGGCGGCGGAGGUUUUUUUCAAUAGCCGCGGGGCGAUUUCUGUAGGGCCAGCCUCCAGGGAGCUCUCGGGUCGAGGCCCCCCGCGAGGGACCAAGCUGAGAGAGCCCAGUUUGAAGAGCGGCGCGCUCCCGUGAGGUCGGACUUCGGUGGGAAAA